GUUACCCUUUUAUUGAACCUAUAAACUUAUCUUUCAGGAAGAUGCUUUAGCCAAACACAUCAGUCUGGAUUUGAAAACUCCAAGGCAUGGAGCAUCCACCAGUUCCCAAAGUUAAUUACCCUCACUGUUAAAAACUUGUGCCUUCAUUUUAAUUUGAAUUUGUCUGGCAUCAGCUUCCAGCCAUGGGUUCUUGUUCUGUCUUUCUCCGGGAGAUGACAGAGCCAGUAGGACCCAGUGUCUUCUCCUCCUGAAUAUGCUAUACCAUGGCAAGCAUGGAGCCCGCUCAGAUCACCGUGGCAGUUAUGAGCACCGUAAACAUCACGCACAUUAUCCUGCAGUAUAUGCAGCACCAGAAACUUCAAAAGCAGGUGAGGAGGCAACGGCAGCUCGGUGACGAGAGUGAUGAGAACAUGGACACAGACUUCUCUCAAAGCACAGGCCUUGGCAAUUUGGACAUCCUGGUGGUAAAGGGGCAGGUUCAUGCUGUGGAAUGCCGAUUCUGGGCCCGGGAAACAAGCACAGACUGGUGGGACUGCAUAGAGUUGCAGGUCUGGGAUGAUUCCUGGUGGCUGCGAAACUUUCACAUGCAGAAGGGCACUUUCAUGGAACUUUGUGACUUGCUUUCCCCUGCCCUGAAGCUCAAGAAUACCAAGAUGAGAGCAGCCGUCACGGUUCACAAACAAGUGGCAAUAGCCCUCUGGAAGCUUGCAACACCAGACAGCUACCAGUCAGUCAGGAAUCAGUUUGGAAUGGGCAAAUCUACUGUGGGGGCUUCUGUGAUCCAAGUAGCCAAUGUGAUCACUGAGCUGCUGCUAUCAAGGGUAGUGACUCUGGGAAAUAUGCAGGUCAUAGUGGAUGGCUUUGCUGCAAUGGGAUUCCCUAACUGUAGUGGGGCGAUAGACAGAACACAUAUCUCUAUCUUGGGACCGGACCACCAAGGUAGCCAGUACAUAAACCGAAAGGGGUACUUUUCAAUGGUGCUGCAAGCUCUGGUGGAUCACAAGAGACAUUUCAUCAACAUCAACGUGGGAUGGCCGGGAACGGUACAUGACGCUCGCAUCUUUAGGAACUCUGGUCUGUGUGAACGGCUGCAGCAAGGGAUUUACUUUCCAGACCAGAAAAUAACCAUUGGGGAUGUUGAAAUGCCUAUAGUUAUCCUUAGGGUAGGCUGGGUCCCCUUAAUGCCAUGGCUCAUGAAGCCGUACACAGGCACCCUGGACAGUAGUCAGGAGCUGUUCAACUACAGGCUGAGCAGGUGCAGAAUGGUGGUAGAAUGUGCAUUUGGACAUUUAAAAGGAUGCUGGUGCAGUUUACUGACCUGGUUAGACCUCAGCGAAACCAAUAUUCCCAUCGUUAUUAUUGGUUCCCCUGUGCUCCACAAUAUCUGUGAGAGUAAGAGGGAGACGUUUAUGGCGGGGUGGGAGGUUGAGGCAAAUUGCCUGGCCGCUGAUUACGCGCAUACAGACACCAGGGUUGUUAGAAGAGCACAGCAGGGCACAGUGUGCAUCAGAGAAGCUUUGAAAACCAGUUUCAUCCCUGGCCAGGCUAUGGUGUGAAAGUUCUGUUUGUUUCUCCUUGAUGAAAACCUGGCCCCUUGGUUCACUCUACUUCCCUGUAAGUCAACUGCCCUCCCCUCCUUUGAUCUCCACUUGCAGAGGCAAUUAAAGUCAUUGUUGUUUCAAAUUCAUGGAUUCGUUAUUAAUUCAUCACACAAACGGGGGGAUAACUGCCAAGGUAGCCCAGUAGGGGUGGGAGAGGAGGGAAGCACCGGGUGGGGUGGUGGAGGAGGUAAGGACAAGGCCACAGUGCACUUCAAAACUUAUUGAAUGCCAGCUUUCUGUUGCUUGGGGAACCCUCUGUGGUGGAGUGGUUGGGUGUCCGGAGGCCCCCCACCGUGUUCUUGGGCUUCUGGGUGAGGAGGCUA